ACAGUUUUGAUCGAUAUUUUCUUUUAAAGUCAUGGUGUAGGAAAUUUGAUUGUCGCUUCGGUGGCCGUAAUAAAAUCCUGAAUCAUAAGCAAUAUAAAAAACAAUUUGAAAUCUUAGCAUCGUGAAAAGUGCCUGUGGAAUGAACGUAAUGAUUAGUAUAUCAACGAACUUUUGAAACAUUGAAUAGUCGUCAUUAUCGUUAUCAAAAUUAUUACAUCGAAAAGAAGAACGAUUUGGUGGAUGGUUGAAGAUAUGUCCCACAUGUUUCAGAUGAAUUUUCAUAAAAAAUAUGUCGGACGAUUCUGAAGAGGCUUGUCUGGUUAGACCGAGAUCACCAUCUGUGACUGGUGUUCCAGCCGGAACGAUGCAGUAUACACAAGGAAUAUCGAAUACCCAGCUUCAGGCUCACAACAAUAACAACAAUCAUAUUUCCGCCCAAAGUCAUGGUUCAAACUCGACGGCUCGUGGUUCUCAGUCCGAAUCCGGCGAACUAAUUGACUACAGCAAUGAUGUCAUCUUGAGUCAGUUUCACGCAGAUGCUAUUAAACAGGCAGGAUUUGGCAAAUUUCAAUUGAUUGCCUCUAUUAUCAGUGGUCUUGGGCUUUCCGGUCACGCAAUUCAGAUCUAUGCGGUAUUUUACAUCAUACCUUCAGCAGAGGUGGAGUAUUGUAUACUAGAUACAGAGAAAAGCUGGCUUGGUUCUAUAACCUUACUUGGUAUGGCGAUGGGAGCACUUUUAUGGGGAGGUCUGGCAGGUCGAGCAGGAAGGAGAAAAUCUCUGUUAAGCUGUUUGGCGGUCUGUGGAGUUUUCUCUGUCAUUGCCGCGUUUAUGCCGACCUAUGGACCGUUUAUGAUGGCUCGAUUCUGUGCUGCCGCUGGAAUAGGAGGAGCUCUACCUACAGCUUCGGUGUAUCUGUGUGAGUUGACUCCGGUUAAUUACAGAGCUCGAAUGUUAGGGCUUCUCGGAGCAUUUGGUGUAGCAGGUGGUUUAGUAGCAGGCGCAAUCGCAACAGUCACUGUUCCUGCUACAGGACAAAAAGUGAUGCUUGAAAAUAAAGAACAUUUUAGUGCCUGGCACCGGUACUUGUUAUACAGUACGUUACCCACAUUUGCUUCGAUUCUUGGCUUAUUUUGGUUGCCUGAGUCUCCGAGGUAUUUACUGGAGAACUCCAGAGAGGUUGAAGCGCUAACAAUAUAUCAGAAAAUAUAUCAAAACAAUCGGACGCGCGGUGGUUAUUCGUUGACAGAACUAGAACUACCGGGAACGCGCACGCACCGGAAUCUACCGACUUCAGUAUUGCAAGAAAUGGCCACAAGUAUUGCGCUAUUUUUCAGCAGCUUCGCUCUAUUGUUCAAUAAAGUAAACCUCAAACGAACACUUCUUCUUUUUGCCGCAUGGACUGCAACGAUUUUUGUGUAUCAUGGAUUAACAAUUUAUAUUGCCGAGUACUCCAAAAGCACAGAAUCAGAAAACUACUACCGUAACACAAUCAACAAGGAUAGCAUUACAUACGAAAACAAUGACUUCAACAAAUCAAUUGAAAACAUAAUAUAUACCAAUUGUCGUUUCGUAAACUGUACUUUCCGUCGAAUGUUCAUUAGUCACGUGACAUUUAACAACUGCACAUUUCAGUAUAGUGAAUUUACAAAUGUCAAAACAAGUCGCACCCAAUUCAAGUACAGUACAUUUGACGAUGUGGGAUUGAUUGACACCGACCUAACCGAGCGACACUUCAUCAACUGUUCGAUGAACAAUAUAACAACCCUUAGGUUGUCGUCAACUUGUGACAGGGAUUUUGAGUAUAAUAUUUAUCUAGACUCACUAUGGAAAUCGCAUUUUGGAGCUCUGAUGCCAGGAACGAUCUUCAUGUUAAUGGUAGGAGAAGGCUCCCAUCGUUUUGGACGGAGCAGAGUCGCAACUCUUUGUUUCGGGUUUUCGAUUUGCCUCAGCAUGACGGUUGCCUUCCUGUAUCAUGAUCUGCAAGUGGUUUGGACUGCAGGCUCCGCUCAAGGACUUAUGCUCGCGGGGAUUGCAGCGCUUACACUAUUAGCAAUCGAAAGUUACACUACAAUGUUAAGAUGUACUGCUCUUGGAUUUUUCGUUUGUGGUGGCCACCUAGGAGCAUUAAUUGGUGCUCCCAUAUAUGCAUCUUUUCCUGUGGCAACAUCGAAGGUGGCUGCAAUCGUAUCAACACUAUUUCUUAGUGUCCCUAUUUCAUCAGCAAUUAUUCUUAAGGAUCCUUGUUUGUUGCUAUGAGUAAAUCAAUCAGGUAUUCCCAUGAAGAAUCUAUCCAUCCGAGCGAGUUUUUACGCUUCGCCAGUUUUUUAUAGUGCUUGAAAACACGCUUAUAAAAUACAGAGAAGGCGAAUACAAGUUUUCCAUUAAAAUAUGUGAUAUAUCUGGCAGUCUGUAACACUAAUCAGAUUUUGUUGCAUAUUGUUAGGCUUCAUAAAUCGUUUAGGCUACUGUGAAGACAUGCGUCUUUAUUUUAAGGUAAAGACAACUCAAGUAGAACAGUUAUCUUAUGAUGCUGUCAAAGUUAUAGAAAAAUCCUGGAUGCUCGAGUUUAAGGCUGGUUUUAUGUAUUUUUAAUUUUUAGUUUUAUAUUGUUAAUUAUCAUUGUUGUCAUUUCUACUGUUGAUAAAAAUGUUCGUACUCGUUUUAUUAGCACAUUCAGUUAAAUACUUUCACGACUAUUUCUGUAAAUGAAAACUGAUUAAAAAUAAAUCUACAAAGACGAUACAGUAAGCAUUUGAAAAGCAGUGUAAAACCUCAUUCUCAAUUUAUAGCAUAGCAUUACACAUCAUAUUAAAUUAUUGAUUUAUUAAUUGAGACAAAUUAAAAAUCAGAACAAAUUUUUAAUAAUGUAGUAGUUACAUUUGUUAUACAUUCAUAAAUUGCUUUAAAUAAUUUUCGUGAAUGCAAUGAACACUUUUUCUGUAGUUUCUCGGUUUCUCGUAUCUCUAAUCUGUUGACCGGACGCCACUUCAUGCGGGGUAAUAUCGAUCCUGCAUACAAGUUUUGAGAACAUUGUAGAUGCUCGAGUAUUGGAAAAGUUCAAAUGCAGUCAAUACUUUUUGUUUUAUCAUAUCUUCUUGAUUCUUAAGCAUAGCGGUACAAAUCAAAAAUCAGUCUAUCAUGAUCAUGUAAUCGUGUCUUUUUAAAACAUAUCUUAUGUUUACGCACUAGAAAUAGAUAAUAAUACAUAAUAAAAAACCGUUCUGAAAUCGGUUAGUGACAGACAGUGUCUCCAAAUUGCUCCAGAAUUUAUGUGACACCAAAUGAUAUUGGUUUUCAUCUAGCCAUUUGAAAACAGACACUAGCAAUACCAUAUGUUAUUUUAAGCUGGGGUGUGUAGGCCCCCCAAUAGGGGCAGCAGAGUGACUCGUUAGAAUACAUAAUAUAGCAGUGUUUUCAAACAUUGUUAUUAUUUUUUUGUCAGUAAUUUAUAAGUUUCUCUUUUUAUAUCAACAUUUUUACAUUUACUUAAUAAUAUUCCCAAGUAUUGAAGUCGUUUCUCAAGUGCUCAAAUCAAAUUUAAACCAUGAGAUCAUACAGGAAACGAGAACAUACGAACAAAAGAAUGAAUUGUACCGAUUUUUUUGUAAAGUGCUAAUCACAGAGUUUUCAUGUAACCGAUUGCAGUUUUACUCCACACCGAAUGCUGUAGUAGGAUCGUAAAUAAACAAGUGUCACAUACCUAUGAAUCCUUGUAAUCCAGUGAGAAUGAAGUUGAAAUUGGUAUCGGAAUUCUGUCUUGCAAUUGUUACCUUGAACUAUUAAGUUAAGUGACCUGACUUAAAUAUUCUAUAUGAUAGGGAACACGUGUGAUAAAUUUGUUCAACACAUGAUGUAAAUCGAUUAUAUUUUGUUGAUCUUAGAAUUAAGAAUAAUUUGUAGUAGAAUAUUCCAGCUAAAUAGAAUUGUAUAAAUAAAAA